AUGGAUCCCAUGUUUCCUGGUGGUCAACCACAAUUUAUUUUUGUUCCACCUGGUUCUGUACCAGUUCCAAUACUUAAUCAGGUACCAGUUAUGAUGCAACCAGCACCAUUUCCUGUAUUUGUUCAACAACCAACACAACGACCAAUGUUACCACCACAAGGAUCAAUUCCACAACAGCAACAACAACAACAGCAUAUGUCAUCAAUGCAAACAGAUUAUAUGACUGAUGAUCGUUUACAAGAAAAAGCACGUCGUUGGCAACAAUUACAAACGAAACGCUAUGCUGACAAAAGACGUUUUGGUUUUUCUGAUAUACAAAAAGAAGAUAUGCCAGCUGAACAUAUAAGAAAAAUAAUUCGUGAUCAUGGUGAUAUGACAAAUAGAAAAUUUCGUCAUGAUAAACGUGUAUAUUUGGGUUCUUUAAAAUAUAUGCCACAUGCUAUAUAUAAAUUACUUGAAAAUAUGCCUAUGCCAUGGGAACAAAUACGUAAUGUUAAAGUUCUUUAUCAUAUAACCGGUGCAAUUACAUUUGUGAAUGAAAUACCAUGGGUUAUUGAACCAGUUUUUAUUGCUCAAUGGGGUACAAUGUGGAUUAUGAUGAGACGUGAGAAACGUGAUCGAAGACAUUUUAAACGUAUGCGUUUUCCACCAUUUGAUGAUGAAGAACCACCAUUAGAUUAUGCCGAUAAUAUUCUUGAUGUUGAACCAUUAGAAGCUAUACAAUUACAAAUGGAUCCAGAAGAAGAUAAAUCUAUUUAUGAAUGGUUCUAUGAUCAUAAACCAUUAACUGAUACAAAAAUGGUAAAUGGUACAACAUACCGUCGUUGGCAAUUAUCUUUACCUGUUCUUUCUACACUUUAUCGUAUGGGUAAUCAAUUAUUAACUGAUCUUGUUGAUGAUAAUUACUUUUAUUUAUUUGAUCUCAAAUCAUUUUUUACUGCAAAAGCACUUAAUGUUGCUAUACCCGGUGGUCCUAAAUUUGAACCACUUGUCAAAGAUGUUAAUCCGAAUGAUGAAGAUUGGAAUGAAUUUAAUGAUAUAAAUAAAAUAAUUAUUCGUCAACCAAUACGUACAGAAUAUCGUAUUGCAUUUCCAUAUUUAUAUAAUUCUUAUCCAUUUAAAGUUUAUCUUGCAUGGUAUCAUACACCAAAUGUUGUAUUUAUUAAAACUGAAGAUCCAGAUUUACCAGCUUUCUAUUUCGAUCCAUUAAUUAAUCCAAUAGCUCAUCGUCAUACAAUAAAAUCUUUUGAUACACAAAUUGAUAUGUUAGAUGAUGAUGAAGAAGAAGAAUUUAUUUUACCUGAAGAAUUUGAACCAUUAUUAACAGAAUUACCAUUAUAUACAGAUAAUACAGCCAAUGGCAUUGCAUUAAUAUGGGCACCACGUCCAUUUAAUCUACGUUCUGGUCGAACACGUCGUGCCAUUGAUAUACCAUUAGUUAAAACAUGGUAUCUUGAACAUUGUCCCAGUGAACAUCCAGUUAAAGUUCGUGUAUCCUAUCAAAAAUUAUUAAAAUGUUUUGUUUUAAAUGCAUUACAUCAUCGUAAACCUAAACCACAAAAGAAACGUUAUCUAUUUCGUUCAUUUAAAUCAACAAAAUUUUUUCAAUCAACAACACUUGAUUGGGUUGAAGUUGGUUUACAAGUAUGUCGUCAAGGUUAUAAUAUGUUAAAUUUAUUGAUACAUCGUAAAAAUUUAAAUUAUCUUCAUUUGGAUUAUAAUUUUAAUUUAAAACCAGUUAAAACAUUAACAACAAAAGAACGUAAAAAAUCACGUUUUGGAAAUGCAUUUCAUUUAUGUCGUGAAAUUUUACGUUUAACAAAAUUAAUUGUUGAUAGUCAUGUACAAUAUCGUUUAGGUAAUGUUGAUGCAUUUCAAUUAGCUGAUGGUCUUCAAUAUGCAUUUGCACAUGUUGGACAAUUAACUGGAAUGUAUCGUUAUAAAUAUAAACUAAUGAGACAAAUACGUUUAUGUAAAGAUUUAAAACAUUUAAUUUAUUAUCGUUUUAAUACUGGACCUGUUGGUAAAGGACCUGGUUGUGGUAUAUGGUCACCAGGUUGGCGUAUUUGGUUAUUUUUUCUACGUGGUGUUACACCAUUAUUAGAACGUUGGUUAGGAAAUUUAUUAUCACGUCAAUUUGAAGGACGUCAUUCCAAAGGUAUUGCUAAAACAGUUACAAAACAACGUGUAGAAUCACAUUAUGAUUUGGAAUUACGUGCUGCUGUUAUGCAUGAUAUAUUAGAUAUGAUGCCUGAAAGUAUUAAACAAAAUAAAGCAAGAACAAUUUUACAACAUUUAAGUGAAGCAUGGCGUUGUUGGAAAGCAAAUAUUCCAUGGAAAGUACCAGGUUUACCUAUACCUAUUGAAAAUAUGAUAUUACGUUAUGUUAAAGCUAAAGCUGAUUGGUGGACAUCAACAGCACAUUAUAAUCGUGAACGUAUAAGACGUGGUGCAACAGUUGAUAAAACUGUUUGUAAGAAAAAUUUAGGUCGUUUAACACGUCUUUUCUUAAAAUCAGAACAAGAACGACAACAUAAUUAUCUCAAAGAUGGUCCAUAUAUAACAGCUGAAGAAGCUGUAGCUAUUUAUACAACUGUUGUACAUUGGCUUGAAUCUCGACGUUUUUCACCAAUACCAUUUCCACCAUUAGCUUAUAAACAUGAUACAAAAUUACUUAUAUUAGCAUUAGAACGUUUAAAAGAAGCAUAUAGUGUUAAAUCAAGAUUAAAUCAAUCACAACGUGAAGAAUUAGGUUUAAUUGAACAAGCCUAUGAUAAUCCACAUGAAGCAUUAUCACGUAUUAAACGUCAUCUUCUUACACAACGUGCAUUUAAAGAAUGUGGUAUUGAAUUUAUGGAUUUAUAUAGUCAUUUAAUACCUGUUUAUGAUGUUGAACCAUUAGAAAAAAUCACUGAUGCUUAUUUAGAUCAAUAUCUAUGGUAUGAAGCUGAUAAACGUCGACUUUUUCCUGCAUGGAUUAAACCAGCUGAUAGUGAACCACCACCAUUACUUGUUUAUAAAUGGUGUCAAGGUGUUAAUAAUCUUCAAGAUAUUUGGGAUACAAAUGAAGGUGAAUGUAAUGUUAUGCUUGAAUCACAUUUUGAAAAAUUAUAUGAAAAAAUUGAUUUAACAUUAUUAAAUCGUUUACUUCGUCUUAUUGUUGAUCAUAAUAUUGCUGAUUAUAUGACAGCAAAAAAUAAUAUUGUUCUUAAUUAUAAAGAUAUGAAUCAUGUUAAUUCCUAUGGUAUUAUUCGUGGUUUACAAUUUGCUUCAUUUGUUGUACAAUAUUAUGGUCUCGUUCUUGAUUUAUUAGUAUUAGGUUUACAACGUUCGUCGGAUAUGGCUGGUUUACCACAAACUCCAAAUGAUUUUUUAACUUUUCAAGAAGUUGCAGUUGAAACAGCACAUCCAAUUCGUCUCUAUUGUCGUUACAUUGAUCGUAUUCAUAUAUUUUUUCGAUUUACAGCAGAUGAAGCACGUGAUUUAAUUCAACGUUAUUUAACUGAACAUCCAGAUCCAAAUAAUGAAAAUAUUGUUGGUUAUAAUAAUAAAAAAUGUUGGCCACGUGAUGCACGUAUGCGUUUAAUGAAACAUGAUGUUAAUUUAGGUCGUGCAGUAUUUUGGGAUAUUAAAAAUCGUUUACCACGUUCAGUAACAACUAUAUUAUGGGAAAUGAGUUUUGUUUCUGUUUAUUCUAAAGAUAAUCCAAAUUUAUUAUUUAAUAUGUGUGGUUUUGAAUGUCGUAUAUUACCCAAAAUUCGCAUGACACAUGAAGAAUUUGUACAUAAAGAUGGUGUUUGGAAUUUACAAAAUGAAACAACAAAAGAACGUACAGCACAAUGUUUCUUACGUGUUGAUGAUGAAUCAAUGAAUCGUUAUCAUAAUCGUGUACGACAAAUUUUAAUGGCAUCAGGUUCAACAACAUUUACCAAAAUAGUUAAUAAAUGGAAUACAGCAUUAAUUGGUUUAAUGACAUAUUUUCGUGAAGCUGUUGUUAAUACACAAGAAUUAUUAGAUUUACUUGUUAAAUGUGAAAAUAAAAUUCAAACACGUAUUAAAAUUGGUUUAAAUUCAAAAAUGCCUUCUCGAUUUCCACCUGUUGUUUUUUAUACACCAAAAGAAUUAGGUGGUUUAGGUAUGUUAUCAAUGGGACAUGUUUUAAUACCACAAUCAGAUCUUCGAUGGUCAAAACAAACUGAUGUUGGAAUAACACAUUUUCGUUCGGGUAUGAGUCAUGAUGGUGAUCAACUUAUACCAAAUUUAUAUCGAUAUAUUAUGCCAUGGGAAGCGGAAUUUAUUGAUUCACAACGUGUUUGGGCUGAAUAUGCAUUGAAACGACAAGAAGCAAAUACACAAAAUAAACGUUUAACAUUAGAAGAUCUUGAAGAUUCAUGGGAUAGAGGAAUUCCACGUAUUAAUACAUUGUUUCAAAAAGAUCGACAUGUACUUGCUUAUGAUAAAGGAUGGCGUGUACGAACUGAUUUCAAACAAUAUCAAAUUCUCAAACAAAAUCCGUUUUGGUGGACACAUCAACGACACGAUGGAAAAUUAUGGAAUUUAAAUAAUUAUCGUACAGAUAUGAUUCAAGCAUUAGGUGGUGUUGAAGGUAUUCUUGAACAUACGUUAUUUAAAGGAACAUAUUUUGCUACAUGGGAAGGUUUAUUUUGGGAAAAAGCAUCUGGUUUUGAAGAAUCUAUGCGUUGGAAAAAGUUAACUAAUGCACAACGUUCAGGUUUAAAUCAAAUUCCUAAUCGUCGUUUUACAUUAUGGUGGAGUCCAACAAU